UUGAAAUUAUUUACGCGUAAGAUCUCUAUCUUCCAUCCUCUUUUACUACUUUACACAGUCAUAUUCUUUAACUUAGUAUAUAACAAUGGUUCUUGCGGUUUAAAAUCCAACAUUAAAAUUCAUGGGUAGAAUUCUCAGUGAAAACCACCAAGAAAAUGGUACCAGGGUUCAGUUGAUCACAAUUAGUCCAGCUCUUCUUUGGGUGAUAGUAUCUUUAGCUGCCAUCUUUUUCAUAUCCGGAAUACUUCAUGUUAUACUUCAAUUUUAUACAAAAAACCAAACUUAUGACCCAUCAGUCUCUCAGUCCAACCGAUACACAGAUCACUUACGUCCACAGUCUCUUGGAAGACAACUUCAACAACUUUUCAGGCUGCAAGAUUCAGGUUUGGACCAGUCUUUUAUCGACAGUUUACCUGUUUUUGACUACAAACAUAUAAACGGGCUAAAAGAUCCUUUUGAUUGUGCUGUAUGUUUGUGUGAGUUUUCACCUCAUGACAAGCUUAGAUUGAUUCCAAUCUGCAGCCAUGCUUUCCAUACUCAUUGCAUAGACACAUGGCUGUUAUCAAAAUCCACAUGCCCUCUAUGCCGGGUCAACCUUAGCAACGUAAUUCCAUCACAAUAUCAUAACGGGCUAAGGGAGAAUCUCAUGAAUGUCACCAACAAUAGCAUAACACACAAGAUUCAUUGCAACGAGAAGAAUCUUGAAAAAAGGGUGCUUUCCGUGCGGCUAGGAAAGCUCAAGAGUUCCAACGUAGUAGAAACAUCAAACUUUGGGGAAAAUAGUAGAAGCAAUAUGGAUGCAAGAAGAUGCUUUUCAAUGGGUGCAUUUCAGUAUGUGGUUGAUAAUAAUAUUGAUUUACAAGUGGCAAUGUUAAAUGUUAAAGAUAAUGUAAGAUGUGGGAAAAGUGAAGACAUUACAGAUGAAAGAAAGAUCAAAUAUGAGAGCUUUUCGGUUUCUAAGGUUUGGUUGUGGACCAAGAAAGGUGGAUUUCAGGUUUCUUCAUCAGAACCUGAAGUUGGAGGUCUUUCUUCUUCUCAAAAUACUACUAUGGUUCCUGGCAUAUGAAUUUUUAUUCAAUAUUUAUAUUAGUUUUAGUGUUUUACUAUGAAUAUUAUCCCAUAUGGAAAAUGUAGCUACAUAGCUAUACAAGCAGAGAUACUAUAAAUACAUAUUUGGAAAAUAAAUUCCAAAAAAUAUGCUAUCAGUCACACUUUAAGAUAUUUGAUAUCGAUUGUUAUUAUUGCAUCCUAAUAAUAUCAAUAAAAAUAAUACUUUAUUGUA